UGUGGAGGUAAGUUGCGAAAUGUUCCGAAGAGAAUUUGCAUCGAUCUAUUUUAUGUAGUCAAAGAAUACUAAGAUACUUUAGUAUUCUUUGAUUUAGUUAACAAAUGGAUUCAGAGACAAUACAUAAAUCCAAUUUUAUAAUUAAAAUAUCGAUUUUUUUAUGACUAAUUAUUAAAAAAUGUCGCAAUGCAUAAUGAUGGAUGCGAUAAAAAAUUAAGUGAACUGAUUAACGUGGCAAUAGAAUUAAAUGCUUACACAUGUAAUCUUUAUUUACACUGGAUAUACCUCUAUGACGACUUGGCUUAACAGCCAGUACAAGUGUACUAGAGAUCGAGAGUGUUACUCUGGCAUCCGUAAUAACAUCACAAUGAGUUAAUUGUUUGACUCAACUCAACAGUAAUUAAAUACAUUUUUCUAGUGAUGAUGAUGAAGGUUAGUCGAAAAUCUUCCAAAAAUCAUCUUCAAAUUUAUCUAACAAUUAUUGGACUACUCUACACGAUAAUACCUAAAGUUGUUUCUAAAAGUGUGUCAGAUCAUCUUAUCAACGAUUCCGAAGUGACUGAUAAAUAUUUUAGAAAUAAAAGGGACAUUUGGGGAACUUUGUGUUUCAGACAUGCAAUAAAACAUGACACUGAACAUGAACCAAAGUUUGUGCUGUUCACUCGACCAGAUGUUAAUACAACUCAAGAUUUAUUUGAUAAUGAUACAGAGCUGAAUGUGAACUUGACUUUAAAUUUACCAACAAAGAUUAUUGUUCAUGGAUGGAAGUCAGACAUAAGAUUGACGCCAUUGGUUGACAUGAAGAACGAAUAUCUGUUGAGAGAAGAAUGCAAUGUGAUUUUUGUUGACUGGGAAAAGUUAGCUGCUGAAGAAUGUUAUUUACAUGCUAUCUGGCACACUACGUAUGUUGGCCAAAGGGUAGCAGAGGUGAUAAGGAAACUAAGAGACACUGGAGCUGAAGAUAUUCAUGUGAUUGGCUUUAGCUUAGGUGCUCAUGUAGCAGGAAUUGCUGGCUUUUUAUUACGUCCUUAUAAAAUCCCACGAAUUACUGGAUUAGAUCCAGCAAUGCCUGGAUUUAUAUUUGCAUCCAACAGCGAGAAAUUAGAUUCAACAGAUGCUGAGUUUGUUGAUGUUUAUCAUACAAAUGUUCUUAUGCAAGGUAAAAUAGAAAGGUCUGGUCAUGUUGACUUUUAUAUGAAUGGUGGCGUCACUCAACCUGGAUGUCAUGAACGCAGUAAUUGUGAUCAUACUAGGUCAGCAGUAUACUUUGCUGAAUCUAUUAACACUGAAGUUGGAUUUUGGGGAUGGCCUUGUCCAAAUCUUUGGGAAUUUACGAUACAUGCCUGUCCUCCAACCACGCGUUUGAGGAUUCUGGCUGGAGAUAAUGUUGAUAAAAGUGCUCGAAAUUAUUAUAUUGUUAAAACUAAUGCUGAAAGUCCCUUUGCUACAAGAGAUUUAUAAUUUAUUUUAGCAUUUCUGUCGUACAUAAUAAAUUUUAAGAAAUGUAUUAAAAAUACGUUAAUUGUUAAAACUUAAGAUAAAUGCAUCACAUUCCAGGGCUUCAAUUAAUUUUUAAUUAAUUAUUAUUUAUUUAAUAAAUUAAAUAAAAUCCAACAAUAGAGUAAAGGUUUAAAUUGAAAAGUACAUUUAUUAAAUUUAAUUAUUUAAUUAGAAUUAAAUAGCGAUGUCUAAUAAAAUAUUUUGAUCAAUGUUGCGAAUGUUUCCUUACUUCUAAUUCCGGGAUAAUGAAAUAGCUACGACUAUAUAUAGGUUUUGUUUAUCUUCAAAUAAAGUAGACUUAUUAAAUGUGGUUGCAGUUAAUUGAUAGAAAGUAAAAUACAUGUAUAGGUUUAUUUUCUAAAUCGA